AAGGAAUGACAUUCCAUGAGGGCAACAUUACAUUUUCAAGUUAUCGUUGAAAAAGUGUACUGUCAUUACAGAUUCUUCCAACUCAAUGGGGUUUAUUUUAUUGCUUUAAAAAACAAUCUUACUGGCUCUAAGAGCUGUCCUAAAUUUGUCAAGAUGACAUGGCUAAGAUGGCAUGACACUAUGCAAGGUUAUUUGAUUGAUUUUGUUUUCAUUCCUAUUUUCAUUCCUAUUUUGAUGAGGCAGUGGUAAUUAUAUGCAGAACUUACCACUUAGUUGGCUAUAGCCUGGAAACCUGAUGUUUUAUUUAAUGGAAAUCUACGUUGGGCAUAAAUUAGUGUUUGGAUCAGGAAAGUUUCCUCUCACGACCUCUACAAGCCAGAAUGUUGAAUAAAAUUGUAGUUUAACUUUACUGGUUGUCCAUGUGGUUGGUCUGUUUGCAGGUAGGAAUGAGAUAAUAUCUACAGGAAAGUAUAGUUUAAUCUACUUUUCAAAGUGCUGGCAGAAUGUUCAGAUUUGUCACCUGAAGCAUGCACAGAACCAUGUAAGCAUGAGCCUGGCAAGUAUGCAUGCAUACAUGUAUUUUCAUCUUGUGUGUGUGCUUCAAUGAAAUUCAACGUCAGGUUUCCAGGCUGUUGGCUAUUGCAAGUGAAGUGUAGGGUUCUUGUAUCCUUCCUUCUCUCACCUGCAGGCUUGGAGAAACUAGCAGUCUCUGUGAAUGCUGCAAGGUGACAUGAAAGGUCAAAAGCGGCAAGGGAGGAGCACCCUUUUCAAAUAGAACAGUAAACUGGGCUUCAUGCUGACAACAGCACUCAUGCUGAAUGCUGCUAGGUGACAUGAAAGGUCAAAAGCGGUGUGGGAGGAGCACCCUUCUCAAAUGGAACAGAAGUCUGGGCUGCAUGCUCAUGCUGUCAACAUAGUAGCAUGGUGCAUCGUUCAGAAACAUCUUUUGCAUGAAACGUCAUAAUUUUCAAAAUAGCUUUCAUUGGGAAGGCAGAUAGUGUGUGUGUAUAUAUUAGCAUGUGAAAACAGAAUCCUACUCAUUACUUUACUUGCUUAACCCAUUUUUUUGUUUGUUUUUGAGCCACCGUUGGGCAGAGCAGGGCACCUGGCUCACGCCCAGGAGGCAGCCCCGUUCCAAAACAAAUGCAAUCGCUUUUCACCUGGUGCAAACACCUCCCACCAGGCCCUAAAACCCGUCACUGAAUCAAUCACCUGCUUGAGUUGCCUGGCAGGCUUUGCACUCUACCAAUCAGAGUUGACAGGGUGUAAAGAGGAGGAGGAGCAGCUGCAUGAUUGUGGGUGUGUCCUAUCUUGGACUUCAACAAUAGUGUGUACGGGAAAGUCAAGCAUGGAUGUUGCUGUCGCAGAGGAACCCCUGAGGAAAAUUUUCAGAGCAAAAAAGACUAUGAAAGUCAGCGAUCGACAGCAACUGGAAUCCCUUCACACCACUCUCUCCUCUCCAUGUUCUUUGCCAUCCCCACCACAGCCAGUAAUGGUAAAUGGGAAGCACUGUGAAGAUGUGUCUAUGGAAGUAGAUAAAGAAAUACAUGGAACUACACAUUCUACCACUCAUGCCCCUUCCUCCCUGACGGCCACAUCCCUAACCACUGAGACCUCUGAGGAACCAACAGCCUCUGAAUUACUGGUUUCUUCAUCACAGAACAUACACUCUGAUGUAAAAGAUGUUCAGGAAGAAGGAGAGGGGGACAUGGGGUCUACAUUACCCAGCCUUGAGGUAGAAGACAAAAUGAAUGGACUGGGAAAGGUGGAUAGAAAUUCCAAGGAGGAUGUUAUUGUUUCCUCUCCUGUGAGUUCAGAGAAAGCAGUAGCAGUAAGAGAGCGUGAGGUUGAUGAUAUGGAAGUAGACCUGGUACCAGGUACCACUCCGGACACAGUGCCCAUAUUGAACCCUGCCGCCUCCCUCCUCCUGUCCUCCAACACGGCUGUAGAGUCUGUCUCUUCCCCUUCGCUUUCUCCGUCUUACACGGCAGAGUCAGACCAGGAGGUCAGGCCAGGGUUCCUGGUGCUUAGUGAAGAUGAUGAUGUCCAGGAUGAGAGUGAUGAAGAGGAGAAAGAGGAGGAACAGAGGGAAAGUGAAGGAAAGGUAGAAAAAGUUGAGGUUAACAUGGAGAAGCCAGAACAAUUUGAAAGUGGUGCUCCAGUUGACUGUCUGUCCCCUUCAUCAACAACGCCCCUUCAGAUUGAUGAAGAAGAGGAGGGUGCUGCUCUACAGAAGAAACGAUCCUUGUCUGGAGACUCGGAGGAUGGUGGUCAAAAGCAGGGAGAAAGAGACUUGGAAGUGGUGGAAAGGCAUCAUAAGAGGCCCAGAGUAGACUGUGAGGAGGUGGAGGCUCAUGUGGAGCUGAAGAUCAGUGUGAGCGCAGAAAGGCAACACAAGCUAAAGAAGGUGGUGCAGCAGCUUGUUGAGGAGCAGUUGUGUGUUCUGCAGCUUACACUAUUUGACAAGAGUCUUCAGGGGCUCAGAGACAGACUGGACAAAAUAGAAAAACACCCGAGUGCACUCAAGAGCCUGCAGGCAAAGAUUGGCCGACUUUCUAAGAAAGUUGGAACUGCCAUCCAGGCCAUGGGGAAUGCCAAGAAACCUCCAGAGGUACUGUUGCCACCUACCUCUACUUCUGCCACAGCAACCACCCAAGCAGGAUCAGGAAUUCUCGGCCUGAGAACAAUGGGGAACAACAUACCAGAUCCAAAGCGUAAUGAUCAGAGCAGUCAAACCCCUACUCCUGUACGUACUGAUCAGGGCUGUCAAACCCCUAGUCCUGUACCCACAGCCCCCUUGCUACCUUCCCCCUCUUCCACAGCCUCAGUCGGAUCUCAACCCACAUCCCAAACCUUGAUGCUGAGCACCUGUGUUACCCCAACACCAGGCCCGUCCGCCUUCCCUCUCCAGUCAUUCCUCAUACAGCUGCCUGGUGGAGGGACAGCCAUCCUUACCAACCCAACCAACUCCCAGCUAAUCCCAGUGUGCGCACUUCCCGCCAUGACGAGUUCCACUGUGACACCCACCACUGCCUUCCUCCUGCAGAGGACUACUCCCUACACCCCUGCUGCUCCCAAGCCCCCCUCGGCUUCUGCCCUCUUAUCUAAUUUUGUUGCCACACCCACAACCACGACUACACCCACUGACUCACCAGCUGCCACAACGUCCCACAUAACCACACCCAUAACCAUGCCCAGGGCCACAACCACAGCCAUAACCACACCCUGGGCCACAACCAUAACCACACCUUGGGCCACAACCAUAACCACACCCAGGGCCACAACCAUAACCACACCCAGGGCCACAACCAUAACCACACCCAGGGCCACAACCAUAACCACACCCAGGGCCACAACCAUAACCACACCCAGGGCCACAACCAUAACCACACCCAGGGCCACAACCAUAACCACACCCAGGGCCACAACCAUAACCACACCCACACACAGGGCCACAACCAUAACCACACUCUGUGCCACACCCAAUAUCUCCCACCCUGGAGCCACUGGGACAGUCGGCAGGCCCAGUUCCAGUGUGUCUGUCUCCGUCUGUGAGUCAAUUCGGCUUGUGUCUGUGGCGAACUCCACUUCAUCCUUACCAAGAUUCUCAAUGCCAGCCACCACAGGCACUCAACCCUCUGUGCGACCAGCUGCCUCUGUGCAUCCAGCUGCCUCAGCACAACUAGCUGCCCCUGUACCACAGGUGUCUGUGAAAACAGGUAGUGAAUCUACAAAUACUCCUUCAGACUCCACGCAGGCAUCUCACCCUGCCAAAUCAGAAGCAUUCAUAGACCUGACAGAGGAGGAGGAGGAGGAGGAUGAUGAUGAUGUUCUAGUUACUGGAGUGCUGAAGGCUCCGAUGGCUUUGAAGGCCUCGCCUUCAACAGCGGGUCAGCGAACAACAGCCACACAGCAAACAGCCACCUCCACUUCAGUCGGCACACAGGCCGUGAGGUCAUCACUUGGUCAGACUUCAGCUGUUGGAUCUCCGCAUGCUGUUUAUCAUCGCCCCCUGCAGGGCUCCCCAUCUGAAAGUAUUGCCUCCGCAACAACCACUUCUUCAUCUUCCAUACCAUGCCCCCAGCCCUCUCCCCUUCCCCCCUUGCCUGUCCCACCUCAAACUAUCAGCCUGCCCCUCGAAGCGGCCAGCACCAGCCCUCCACAGCAGCCUCUGCUCAAAAUAACCCGGGUCCCGAGCCAGAAUGACGGCAUCGUGCUCUCCUGGUCUGUGAUUGAGGUAGACAGGAGCUGUGCUGCCGUGGACAGCUACCACCUAUACGCCUACCACCAGGACCAUUCUGGCCCCAGCACACACCCCCUACUCUGGAAGAAGAUAGGGGAGGUGAAGGCCUUGGCUUUGCCCAUGGCCUGUACACUCACACAGUUUGUCUCUGGCUCCAAGUACUACUUUGCAGUCCAUGCCAGGGACGUGUUUGGCCGCUUUGGACCAUUCUGUGAGCCUCAGUGCACUGACGUCUUAACGUCCCCUUCACCGAAAGCUCCAAUUUAACCAAAUGUUAAGAUUUAAGUUAAUUUGUUGUGUCAAGUCAAAACGAGGAGAAAUAUUGAUUCUGUAGAUUUUUUUUUUUUUCCUUUUGGUAGCCAAAGUGAAAAGUUCAGUAAAGCUUCUGGCAAAUCUAAUUGCUCUAUUUUCAAAUGAAUGUGUGUUGGUAUUUUUUUUAUCAGAAUUUUGCACUCAAAUCAUAUUUUAGCCCAGGUGUUUACAAGAGUGACUUAUCAUUGGAAUGUUACUGGAAAAUGUUGUUGCCCAUCCUGGUGAAAUGGGUUGGUCCCAUGUGACCACUGUCUGCCUGCCGUGUGUUUGACCACAUGGGUGCAGCAUUGUACCAAAAUGGUAUCUUUGACACAGGACGAGAGGAUUUGAAAAUCAAACCUGAAAUGGCCUGGUCCCGUUUCUGAAAGAUUAUGUAUAAAGUAUUCUUCUCCUAGUUUCCUGAAGGUAUUUGAAAACUAAAACUUUUUAUUGCAAUUGUCAGUCAAGAACAUACUAUGAAGGCCGGAAUGACCAUGUUAUUAUAUGGUAAUACACAGUAGUUUUGCGUCUCAUGAGACAUGAACCUGCCAAAGCCUAUGUGACCUCUCUUUUCCUCCUGCUCAGUUCCUGCCACUGGAGGACAUGUUCUACAGUUAAAUGAUACAUGGUCUAGGGCCUCCUGUGUAUGUGUGCACAUCCUGUGGCAUUUUUUUUCUAUGGAUGUAAUUUAAUGUUUUUUGAACCUUUUUGUAAUUUGACUUGAACAGAACUAGUCAUGUUUUCAUAUUGUCAAACAAAUAACUUCAAAAAGUAGGCUACCUGCGUGUGUUCGUCUAGUCCAAAAUUAUUCCAGCAUCCUAACAUUUGAUGAGUAGAUGAAUGGGAAGAGACAUCCGUUACGAAACACCAAAAAUUGUAAUGACAUUCUGUGAUUUUCAUUAGGUCUACACUCUUGUAGCCUGAAUUAAUUGAUGCGUCUUUGACAAAAGGACCUUUUUUGUAGAACGAAAAGUUGGGACGCCUGAAAAGGGGCUGAGAGAUGGGACUGUCCCGGGAUGACAAGUGCAGCCACGUGGAGAUAUAUAUAUUUUAAACCAUGACCGGCGGGGGUGUUCAUUUUAAUAUUUACCUCUGUCGCAGUACAAAUUGCAAUUUAAAGAAAUGAUAUAAUUGUUCAAUUAGUAUUAUUUACAGACCCUGCAUUUAGGGGGCCUCAUGUCUCAUUCAGGGGUCCCCCCUGGACCCAAUGUAAUUCACACACUGUCUGCUGAUCGCUUUGUCUGAUAGUCUUAAUGGCUGGUUACAAACAUGUAAAUAAAUGCAUUGGACUUGACAAGAGAUUGACCGAAAGGUGAAGUACCAAGAAAUAUUCAGACUAUUGUAAUUGUUCAUUAAAAUGUUUAUAAACUAUA